AUGUCUGAGUCAGAGCCUGAAAUUUGUAUUUUAGCUAAAAAUUGUGCUUUUGGACUUAAAGCUGGCGAAACCUUCACCAAAUCAAUUGGGUUUAAGACUUUUUACAGUGCCUCAACUACUGAAACCUUGAAUCUACAAGAUUGUUCUUUCCGAUGUCUGGCUCUACCACACUGUGACAUCUUUGAAUAUCAGGAUGGGCAGUGCACACUGGGUCAAACAAUUGGUCUACGUAACAGCAUAGGUUACAAUUCUACUGAACAAUGGGAGAGGAAAAAACCAACUGGGUGUAUCCCAAAACAUUGUUUCGAACCUGGAUAUACUACACUAGGAAUGGAUCAAGAUUUUAAAUUAAUAAUUUUUGCAGAAAAUUGGACAUUUUAAAUUUUUAACCAAGCUGCAUUGGAAUCAAAUAUUUAAACAAAAAAUACACAGUGUGAUUAAAAAACAGGGA